AUGUCGGGUGGCCAUAUAUGCCCAUCGAUCAAGUUGGACAUCUUACACCCGGAUUAUUUGUGUGACCUUAUGAAAAAGAUGCAUGGUUUGGAAACAUAUGGAAAUAAAAGUUUGAUAACGAGCUCCUUGCGUAAUGAUUCUACCAUACAAGACAUACCGGAUUCACAGCGGGACAGAAUCAGACGUCUACUAAACGAGGCUGUUAAAUCGAGAUUCGGUUCCUCUGGCAGAGGCUUAUCAUCAAGUGUGCAAGAAGAGUUGAAUACACUGGAGAAGAAGAAAAGAAUAGCCCAGUCGGUUUUUGAUGAAAUGGUACAAUAUGGCAAACGACUAUUGGAAUGUAUAAGAAUUCUACGGGACGUAAAUAAUGAGGUUCUCACUGUCCCAUCUCUUAAAUCCAACAGUAUAAUUAAAGGAAUGUUUAAAGACAUUCCUUCGCUAUUUCAGCUUCAUGAACAUCUAACCAAGAGCUUUGAAUCUUGUAGUAUUGGAAGCAUUGUAUUGCCCUCUGCUUUUACUAGUGAUAAAGAGACUCAAAUUUUGAACAUUUAUAAGAGUUUCCUCUGUCGCUAUGCACUGAAUUUUCGACCUUUCUCUGAGCUUUACUCCACCAAUGAAGAACUUCAAGAUAUAUGCAAAGGUAUCGUUUCUAAAUCUCAAUAUGAAGAACAACGUAUCCAGAAUGUUCCUGGGAUGUUUUAUGGUGUCAGUACUGCAUUGCCACGUUUCAAGGAUCUUAUAUAUAGACUCAAAGGAGCUUUAUUGCCGAAUGAUCCAGAAUAUGCAAAUAUUACAAAAGCUUGGAAGUUUAUCAAGGAUCUGCUGGAUCGUUCAGAGCAAGAAGUUAUUUUGCAGGAAAAAAUGCUGAAAGCUCGUGAAGCAUUGGGUAAAUUAGAUGGUCUCCGGGUGAAGUAUAUUCAAAUUCCAUUAUUGCAUCUGGAGGGGCCAGCAAAGAAAUUACCACGACGUUCAAUACACAGAAGACUUUUAGAUAGAUAUUUAUUUCUUUUUUCUGAAUAUUUAGUUAUGACUGAGCCUGCUAACGCUGUUGGUCGUUAUCAAGUGAAAUCAGAAAUACGGCUGACUGGAAUGACACUAUGUGAGGUGAAAGAUGAUGAAGAAAUUAAUGUUGAUCAUUGUUUCAGAAUUAAAGCGAAGGAAUUAUGCGUUGAACUUGCCUUCUCAAGCGAAAAUGAGAAACUCCUCUGGUGGAAUGAAUUACAACAGGCAAUCGAUUGUGAAUGUAAUAAACCGAAUAGUAAUAGUUAUGAUGAAAAAAAAACCUUACUGAAUACUAAUAAUUUGGGUGAAGUUGCAGCUCAAUGGGUUAAAGAUGAAUCCUCUACAAUGUGUACAAAUUGCUGUACUGAAUUUACUACAAUUAAUAGACGUCAUCAUUGUCGUGCCUGUGGAAAGUUGUUUUGUGGUUCCUGUUCAGCGUAUAAAGCUCCAUUGGCAUCAUGUGGUGGUAAAUAUCAACGCGUUUGUGUUGUAGAUUACUAUUUGAUCAAUAAGGAUGCUAAACCGCCAACACCUGAAAUUAUGGAGGCCAUAUUACGUCGGACAGAUAAGACAUCUCAACCAGUAAGAACUGGAUUUCUAAUGUGGAGUCAUUUCGUCAGUAACUCAUGGUCUGCUAAACCAUCCAUACGAUUGCCCAAAUCAUCGGUGGAAUAUCGAUCUAUCAACAGAAAUAGUGAAAAGCGGAAAGAAACGCUGCGUGAAAUCCAUCUUGUAGACUCUCUCGAUUCAAAUUCUUCUGCAAAUGAUGUAUCAAGUCAAAAUGGUCCUAGUGAAGGAGAAUCUCAACAGGCUUCUUUUUCAUCAUCAUCUAAUGUUAGCCAACCAAUGGAAUCUGUUAACCUUGAGUCAUCUGUUAAUUCUAAGUCGUCGACAUCAUCAUCAGCGUGCCUUACACGUUUAUUUUGUGUCCUACAAACGGAUACUUCUUUCUCAUUUUAUGCUGCACGUGCUGAUACGCGUGCAGUGAAUAAAAUAACUGUCAUUGGUUUACGACUCUUUUAUUUGGAUGAAGAUUCGCCUAACAAACCAUCAGAUGACGUCAAUAUCUCAGCAAAUCAAUCCCUACCAUGUGGCAAAUCUCAUAGUUUCGAUAAUUCAUCGCCAUUAUUGAUGAAUACAGAAGCUUUAGUGGAUCCUGUUAAAUUAUCAAAAGGUGACUGUCCAAAUUUCUCUCGUCAAGGUAAUCCAAUCUACAGAAAUUUUAAACCUCCUCCACAUGCUCGUAAUAUUUUAGGACAUAAUACCUCUGUCGAGUCUUCUAAUCUUUCACUUAUUGCCACCUUAUCAAAAUCACUGACUCAUACUCAUGUAAAAUCUCUAUCAGAGCUUGCAUUAUCUAGUAGACUGUCAAAUCGAUCCACACAAUCUUGUCGAGAACGAUUAUCUACAGAAAAUCAUGAAAAUUCUUCACAAAAGACAUCAGAAAAUCAAGAUAUUGCUGCUAAUGGUACGUUAACGGAUAAAGAUAUUGUAAAGCAUUUGGAUUCAGUCAGUCCUGAGAUCUUAAGUCUUCUACGUAACAAUUUGGGUUUUCUUUUACUACCAUUAAAUACUGACCGGCCAGCUCAUUACUUCGAGGCAGCAACAGUUGAAAUUAGAACUCAAUGGAUUAAUUCUAUUCGUCGGGUUUGCGUUGAUUUCAUGUCGUGA